GACCAAAUGUACAAGAGAAGCUGUAUGCUUCUCACUCUGCUGCCAUGGCUGGUGCCGGAGGUGAACAUAUCAGCAACCUGACUCAAUUUAAGAAAGAAGAUUUUGAGAAUGAUUGGACUGUAAUUGCUUUUGGUGGAUUUGGGAAAGUCUACAAAGUCAGACACAAAAAAUGGUGGUCCAUCUAUGCUGUGAAAUGUUCAUCAUCCCAUGGGGACCCUGAACUUGAGAGCACAACUUACACCAGUCUUAUGGAAGAAGCAUCUAAGAUGGAGAAGAUAAAGUUCAGAUACAUUGUACAAAUUUAUGGAAUUUGCCUUGAUCCACUUGGAAUUGUGAUGGAAUAUAUGGAAAAUGGAUCUCUUGAGAAGCUUCUCCCCACACACACCCUCAGCUGGCAUCUCAAGUUUCGUUUCAUCCACGAGAUAGCACUAGGGAUGAACUUCCUCCAUAUAAUGAACCCACCAUUACUCCAUUUGGAUCUAAAGCCAGGAAACAUUCUUCUGGAUGAACAUUUACAUGUUAAGAUUUCAGACUUUGGUCUGUCUAAAUGGAAAGAGAAUUCGACCCGAAAGGAAUACAUAGAGAGAUCAGCAAUCAAAGGAACCUUAAAUUACAUCCCUCCAGAAAUGUUUCUGCAAAGCAGCCGAGUUAUGGGGACUAAAUAUGAUGUGUACAGCUACUCAAUUGUUAUCUGGGAGCUUUUGACUCAGAAGAAACCAUUUAUAGGUAACAGCAUGAUGACUGUCAUCGUGAAAGUAGCAGCUGGCCAGAGACCUCCAUUAGAGGAUAUUUCUGAAAAUGGCCCUGUCGAAUGUCAGCAGAUGAGUGACCUGAUGCAGAGGUGUUGGAGUCAAAACCCAAAUAAAAGACCAAGUUUUUCUGAUAUUAUUGUUGAAUCCCACAUGUUACUCUGUUUGGUACAAAGCCCAUUACCAGAGCAUGUUGGUGCGUGGUCCAAAGCUGAAAAAGAUAUUGUCAAGUCUUCUGCUGUAAUAGUCGACAAUAUAAGCACUGAUGGAUAUCACCAGCCAUCAUCUUCCAGUUCCAUAAGCAGUGAGAUCUUCAUUAAUGAAAUUUUACAAAAUAACAGUGAAAACAUUUCCUGGGUAAAUGAAAACAACUUCACACUUCUUCACUUUGCAGUAGCUCAAGGAAACCUUGAAAAAGUAACCCAUUUCCUCAGCCUAAAUGCUAACGUUAAUAGCCGUACUGUGAGUGGAUAUACACCGCUCAUCCUUGCAGUGCAGAGAAAGCUCCCGGACAUAUGUACUAUCUUAAUAGAAAAUGGGGCAGAUGUGAACAUAACUGAUGAAGACAGAUGGUCACCUCUGCAUUUUGCAGCCCAGGGUGGAGAUGAUCGGAUAGCACGUAUGCUCUUGGACCAUGGGGCUCAUGCAGAUGCAAAGGAACGAGAUGAUUGGACAGCUCUUCACCUGGCUUCUCAAAAUGGCUUUGAGAAUGUUGCUCGGGUCCUUUUUACCCGUCAAUCAAACCCAAAUUCCCAGGAAAUGGAUGGGAAGACAGCUCUUCAUAUAGCGUCUUAUUUUGGUCACUACAAAAUUGUUAAACUCCUGAUAAGCCAAGGAGCUGACCAAGAUGCCAAGCAGAAGAAUCUAAGGACUUCCCUUCACAUUGCUGCUGAUAGAGGUUAUGUCCGGGUUGUACAGCAUUUGAUACAAAAAGGAGCACAUGUUAACUGUGUUGAUCAAAGCCAUUACAGUCCUUUGCAUAUGGCAGCAGUAAAAGGCAAUAGCAUGAUCUGUAAACUCCUCAUAAAACAUGGUGCUCAGGUCAACAUAAAAAACAAUCAGGGAUGGACACCACUGCAUCUUGCAAUUUUUAAAGGACACACUGAAAUAAUACAUUUGCUUAAGGAGAAUAAUGCUGCCUUAGAUGCUGAAGGAGAUAUGAAAUGGACACCACUUCACCUAGCUGUACGCUACAGUGAAGACUCCAUAAUUUCUCUUGUCCUGGAUUUUGGGGCUGACCCAAAUGUUGCAGAAAUGUCUGGCUGGACACCACUGCACCUUGCAGUGCAACGAAGUUCAUUUGGCAAUGUUAUCAAGCUUAUUGAGAAGAAAGCUAAUGUGGAUGCCCAAAAUAAGUUUGGUUGGACUCCUUUACAUGUGGCAGUGCUAAAUGCUAAUGCAGCCAUUGUAAAGACACUUCUCCGUGCUAAUGCCAAGCAGAAUAUAGAAGACAGUACCGGUUGCACACCUUUGCAUUUGGCAGUAAGAAAUCAUAAGCACAACAUUGCUACUCUGCUGGAGGGAGGGUCAGAUACCUCUUCUGGCAGCUCAGAGGAAGUAAGUGAUGAACUGGGACCUUACCUGUAUUUCCAAGAGCUAAAUCUGCAGAAUUAGAAUUUCUA